AUGGGACUCUUUGCUCGCUUGUCUGGCCACCAAGAGCUACUAGUCUACGCUUUUCUCGCCCUGUUCGUCAUCAACAAAUUCGUCGUCUACUUCAAGCUUCGUCAGUUUAGUGGCCCUCUUUGGGCUGGCUUCAGUGAUUGGCCUCAUAGCUGGGCAAUGCUACAAGACCGUUGCCAUGAGCUGUAUGAGCAAGCCAAUCUGCAACAUGGUCCCAUUGCGCGGGUAGCACCGAACAUCCUGAUUACGUCUUCUCCCGACCUCUGGAUUCAUGUCAACAAGAAUCCUGGAUAUAAGCGCUCUGACUGGUACUAUAAUGCAUGUCGCAUCGAAUACCGGAGGGACAAUGUCUUUAGCCAGACAGAUAACCAAAAGCACGAGCAGCGACGGAAGCAGAUGGCCCCAGGAUACUCUGGGAGAGAAAAUCCACAUCUAGAAAGUUCCGUUGAUGAGCGAGUCCAAGAAUUUCUUGACCUUAUCCGCAACAAGUAUCUUUCAUCGGACACUAAAGUCAUCCCAAUAGACCUUGCUCAAAAGGUCCAGUACUUGACAUUGGAUAUAAUCAGCAGCAUUGGAUUUGGCAAGACAUUCGGCAUGGUGCAGAAAGACUCCGAUGUUGACGAGUAUCUCAAAUCAAGCGAGGAGGGUCUAGCUAUUGGCAACAUUGCUCUUGCUCUGGGCUUUAGCUGGCUUGCCCAUGCACCCAUUAUUGGAAGGCUUAUUGCGCCGUCAGCAAAAGAUAACAACGGCUUCGGAAAGAUGAUUGCGGCAUGCUACCGCGCCGUUGACGAGCGUGCAGCCAAUCCCACCGAUAAACGAUCUGAUAUGCUAGCCUCCUUUAUCCGUCACGGUAUAUCAGGAGACGAUCUGCGGUCAGAAGCUCUGGAGCAGCUGAUUGCGGGAGCUGACACAACGUCGACUGGUAUUCGUGGAGCCCUCUUGUACAUCAUGACCAACCCCCGUGUAUAUCGGAAGCUGCAGCAAGAGAUCGACAAUGCUAUCCUAGAGGGCAAGGCCCCAGAUUCUGGCAGGGGCAUCAUUACCCUCGCACAAGCUAAGCAGCUUCCCUAUCUCCAGGCCGUUAUACGUGAGGCUUUGCGACUAUGGCCACCGGCUGUUAAUAUAUUUUCACGGGACACGCCCCCAGAUGGCGAUAUGGUCACCAUCAACGGGGAGAGUAUAUUCUUGCCAGGUGGUGUGUCUAUCGGCUACUCAGCGUACGGGAUGCACCAUAGUAAGGAAGUUUUCGGUCAAGACGCGAAGGUGUUCAGGCCUGAGCGGUGGCUGAACUCUGAUUCAGACAAGUUGGCAGCCAUGAUCCGCACAAACGAAUUGGUCUUUGGGCACGGCAGAUUCCAGUGUUUGGGCAGACCUGUAGCUCAGCUUGAGCUAGGGAAGACUAUAUUCGAGGUAUAG